AUGAACAAUCAGUCUGAUAUCUUACAUGUUAACGUGACUCUGGAUUUAUACGGAAUACCUGAGGUGGAUGACGUCAAGGGUGUAAUAACUAUUACUGUAGCGACACAAUGUGUGUGGAUAGAUGAGCGCAUGACAUGGGACCCCUCUGAGUACGGCGGUAUCUCUAAAAUACAAAUUCUUAUAAGCGAAAUUUGGACACCAUCCAUAUCGUUGGGAACACCAGUCGAAUUCGCAACAAUGGGCACAUCAAACAACCAUGUUAUAUUCUUCGCUAAUGGUCUUGCUGUGUUUUAUCCAGGAAAUGUCUUGAAAAGUUCGUGUGGAUUUAAUAUGAAAUUUUGGCCGUUCGAUAAACAAGUAUGUGAAGUUGGAUUCUUUCCAUUGGACUAUGGAAUUGAUCAAGUUUUAUUUUCAAUUCCUCUUGGGGUGAGAACAACUUCCUACACUCCAAACACAGAAUGGACGCUCGAGAAAACGGAACAUUACGUCGCGAACGGAAUUGGAUUUUCAAUGGCAUAUUUUAGAUUUAAAUUGAAAAGACAAUCGCUUUUCUACGUACUAACAAUUAUUUUGCCUAUAAAUGGGAUUGCAGGACUGACUUGUCUUGUUUUUUUACUACCAAGCGAGUCCGGAGAACGAGUUAGCUAUGCCAUAACAAUCAUGCUUUCAUUGGCUGUUUUCUUAACUGUCGUAUCUGCUGAAAUGCCAAAAUCUUCUGAACCUAUCUCGCUAAUGUGUUGUUAUAUCCUUGUUGGAAUAUGUGUUAGUGUUAUCGGAACUGUUUUAGCCAUUCUGAAUUUAGCCAUUUACCACCGAAAGGAGAACAUUCCUAAGAGACAGUUGUAUAUUUCACUUGUUCUUUUCACACGAUGCAAAAGGCACAGCAACAAAGUUCAAGAUGUACCAGAAGAAACAAAUGACCUAAAAGUUACAAAGUACACAAACGUAUCUAAACAACUGUUCGUUAAUACAAAAAGUAAAACCAAUGUUCUGUCUGUGAAGUCAGCUACACCUGUGCAUGCACAUCAAGAUGACAUAACCUGGCAUGAUGUUAGUUGUGCUAUCGAUAAAUUGUUGUUUUAUGCAAUGAUACUCCUUACUUAUAUACCAUCCAUCGGCUUCCUGAUAUAUCUCGGAGCAGCCUCUGAUUAUCAAAAAUGA